AAAUGCAACAAUGAUUUGGAUGAGAGACACAGUUACAUUAUCAUGGACACGGGUGUGAGUGGCGCAAUAUCACUCAUUGCCUCCAUCUCUGAACCUCAAUCUCGAAUCAGAAUAUGGGGACAUUGUUUUUCUUCCAUCCACCGAUUCCUCGUCUUCCACUCCCUUCCGUGUCAAAACCCAUUGCAUUCCCUCCUAUUUCUUGCCUCAGGAAUAAUGGAGAUGUCACUGGCUUUCAUGAGCACAAGUCAGAGGGUAAUAAAAAUGUGGACAUGUCCCAGACAAUAUCCAAUGAUGGCCGGAAUGUGAAACAAGAUAAUAUUUGGCAAUUGUUCAAGGAAGCUCAACAUAACAUACUGUACUUGAACGAACAACGUCUUGGGGCCAUUGAGGAACUUGAGAAAACCAACAGAGAAAAGCACUCGCUACUCAAAAAGAUAAAGAAAUUGGAAGCAGAAAAGCAGGCUGGUGCUGGUAAAGAUAACUUAUCAACUUGUUCAGAGUUGCUGCUUCGGAUAGAUGCCAUGGUCCUUAGCAGCAUGAUUAGCCCUGGAGAAGCAUCUGAAUUAAGAGGUUUGGUGAUUAACCACAAAGUGAGUCUGGCGGAUGUUUUUAAUGUCAUCUCACGCAAAAAAGAUCCCGAACUUCUAGGACAACUUCGUCACUUUUCACAUGGACACAAAAAGAAUGGUUUUCAUAUUGUUCACAUUUGCACAGAAAUGACGCCAAUGGUCCCUAGAGGAUCGGUAGCUUCAUAUGUGACUGGCAUAUCUCGUGCACUUCAAAGAAAGGGUCACUUGGUGGAGGUUAUAUUGCCAAAGUAUGCAAGUUUAAACCUCAAUGAAGUGCAAGGAUUGCGUGAAGUUAAUGUAGAGGCUUACUCAUAUUUUAAUGGUCAAUUGCAUGGAAAUAGAAUUUGGACUGGUGUUGUUUAUGGCAUUGGAGUCACUUUGAUUGAGCCAAAGUACUUUUCAUCAUUUUUCAAUCGCGAGAUGAUAUAUGGCUAUCCAGAUGAUUUUGAAAGGUUCUCCUACUUUUGUCGAGCAUCAUUGGAUUAUAUUGUAAAAUGUGGGAAGCAGCCUGAUGUAUUACAUCUUCAUAAUUGGGAGACUGCCAUAGUUGGGCCCCUUUUCUGGGAUAUAUUUGUUCAACAGGGACUUGGAGGAACCAAAAUAUUAUUUACAUGCCAUGGCUUCAAUUCACAGGGUAUUGAGCAACCAGAUAAAUUAGCCUUAUGCGGGCUUGAUCCUUUAAGACUUCAUCGCCCUGAUCGUUUACAAGACAACACUAACACACAACUUGUCAAUAUUUUAAAGGGUGGAAUUAUCUAUUCAAAUAAAGUUGUAAUAAUGUCUUCUAUCUAUCCAAAGCACAUAGUUAUUCGUAAUCUGAGUCUGGAACCUACUUUAAAUGAGCAUAGGGACAAGUUGGUCAUUGCUCCUUAUGGAUUAGACAGAUCAACUUGGGAUCCUUCAAUAGACUAUCUUCUUCCAGAAAAUUUCAAUGCUGAAAAUAUCAAUGGAAAAGCUGUUUGCAAAGUUUCAUUGCUGCAGCAGCUGGGGUUAUCUGAACAUUCUUCUAGUAUUCUUGUUGGAUUCAUUUUUCCGGAAGGACGAGACCCGGAUGUGAAAAGGCUGAAGGAAGUUAUCUUGAAUGCCAAGCAACAGGAUGUCCAGUUCGUAUUUUUGGGGACCAGUGAAAGAUCAGUCGUGAAUCAGACCCUUGAAUCACUUCAGAAGGAACUCAAGGAUGAUAAUCUUAAACUUUUUCCUACUUACGAUGAAGCUCUGUUGCAUUUAGUCUUUGCUGGAUCCGACAUCAUCUUGUGCCAAUCUUUGGUUGAUCCUACUGACGAAAUCCCUCUCAUAGCAUUAAGGUAUGGAGCAGCUCCAAUAGCACUUACCUCUGAUGCAAGCACAAACAGGGUGAUACCUUUUGAAAGGAACUUCAUAAACCAAGACCAUGAGGCUACCAUGUACUCAAAAUUGAUCAACUCUAGCUUUAUAAACAUGUCUCUCAGCCUUGCUGUUGAUGAAAUUAGGACUAAUCCUGCAGUGUGGAAACGAAAAAUAAUGCAAGCAAUGGCACAUGACUUAUCAUGGGAUGGUGAAUGCUACGAUCUUCAUUUUGCAGCUUACUCUGCUAUAAAGAAUAUGUGAAGUAUAUGUAAACAUUUUUUUUUGUUUAGUAACUUGAGAUAUGGCAGAAUAGUAUUCAUUAUUGUAGGUCAAUAAUGAAUUAGGGUAUAGGGUGAGAAAAGAAAAUCCGUCACAAUGAGAGUGAUGAAGGGGUUGGAAUGGAAGCAUAAUAUUACCCUGUUAAGGGGCAGAAUAAUGAAAUCUGGGUUGAAUAAAUUGAGUGAGUUUUGAAA